GAUUGGGCGUGGUGACUUGACUCACUUGACUGAUCGAAGAAGACAGUGGAUCGAGUCUUGACUUAACUUAGUAUCGUACCUCCUGUACCCAUCUACAUGUACAUGUAUAGACGACAUGGAUAAAAGCUUGUGUGAAUACUUCUACAGCCCCGAUGAAUCCAAGGGCCACAAAUGCGGUUACUGUAAGGCACCAGAAGGGAGUGUAUCUCAGGGAAUGUGGGCUCACAAACUGACCUGUGAGGACUACCAAGAUAUGAUUGAUAGAGGCUGGAGGAGGUCGGGCAAGUACUGCUACAAGCCAAUCAUGGACAGGACGUGCUGCCCACUCUACUGUAUUCGAUGCGAAGCCGCCGAUUUUAAACUCUCCCACUCGCACAAGUCCGUCUUGAAGAAAAUGAGCAACUAUCUUGUCAAAAGUAAAGGAGCGGACGAACAAAUUAAACCUUCUAGUGAUAGCAGCCCUGCCAAAUCGGAGAAAAAAGCUGUGCAACCUGGUUCUGGGGCAGAUCCAGCCAAAGCCCCCUGUCGAAAGGCGAAAAUGAUCCGUCAAGAGAAAAGACAAGCAAAGGCAGCCGCUAAACAAGCUUCGAUUGGAGACACAUCAACAAACGAUAAGCCAAGUUCUACCGAUUGUACUGGAUCUUCCAAGACAGCAGACAUUUUCAAGAUUGGUCCCGAUGGUAGAAAGCCUAUAGAAAUGUUUCUGGACAUACCUGAAGGCUCCACGCCACAUAGCCACAAGCUCGAGAUAAAGUUGAUUCAGUCAUCCCCACCUUCCUCUGAGUUUAAAGCAACAUUUUCAACCAGCUAUCAACUUUUCAAAAAGUACCAGAUGGCCGUCCACCAAGAGAAAGAAGAGGAUUGUGAUGAAAAGGGAUUUCGGAGAUUUUUAUGCGACUCGCCACUUACACCUGGAGCUGGCCCUUCCGGUUGGCCUUGUGGAUAUGGAUCAUACCAUCAGCACUAUCUAAUUGAUGGUAAACUGGUUGCUGUGGGGGUAAUCGAUAUUCUACCAAAUUGUCUGUCGUCUGUGUAUGUGUACUAUGAUGUGGAGUACAAUUUCCUAUCGCUGGGAGUGUAUUCAGCUCUGCAAGAGAUUACCAUGACUCGCUCACUGUAUGUGAAAGACCCUGAUCGAUUCAAGUACUACUACAUGGGCUAUUAUGUCCAUAGUUGCCCAAAAAUGCGGUACAAGGGCGAAUACACACCAUCGUUUUUACUCUGUCCCAAGUCGUACAGAUUUGUACCUAUCGAAACAUGCCUCCCUAAGAUUGAAGCAAGCAAGUACUCUCGACUGUGUGAUGAAGAUACUGCCGAAGAGACACCAAACGAAUGGUUUAACUCGAUUAUUGUUCUAUUCCAAAAGGCUCUGUUCCCGUAUGAAGUUCUGACAUCCAUAGUGGGAGGAAGAUUCGAUGCUAAAGUCAAGGAAUGGGCUAGCUUCGUUGGACCUAAUGUAGGAAAAAGGAUGAUCUUAGUGUUGUCUUAGCAAGCGUUUAUUAUGUGUAUUGUGUUUUUUUCAUACGA